UUCCUAUUCUCCUCUUCUUGUUGUUUACUGCUCUUCAGACACUCUUCACCACUUCCUAAUAACAAUCAAUGGACCGCCGUAUCUACAUCGUCCCGGAUCAGCCCCGAUCAGGCGUCUCGCCCACGAUCGCCGCCCACCGCGCGCACCUCUCGCAUUACAUCGCCCAACUGACCUCGCUCGAGCGAGAACAGCAGCGUCUCGCGCUCGAGCAGCAGCUGCUCGCGCGUCAACAGGCGCAACUUACAGCUAAACGCGACCAACUCACCUACCUCAUCGCGGAGGAGCAGGACCUCGUCAUCCGCGCGUUGCAGCAGCAGCGCCAGCAGGAGCGCGAGGAGCAGGCCGAGGCGGCUGCGUUUCUUUCCGCGCUGGCGGAGCGGGAGGCGCAGAUUGCGCGGAGGCAGAGGCUGCGGUAUGCGGUUUAUCGGAAACAGCAGGAGGAGCAGGCGAUGAAGGACGCGGAGAUUCAGCGUAUUCUUCGAUUCGUGCAGCAGCCUCAGCAGCGAUACGAGCAGCAGCAGCAGAUUCAGACCGAGCAGCAGCAGACCGAGCAGCAGCUUCAGAAAGAGGCAUUCCAGCGCCUCUUGGACGAGCAGCAGCAGCUUCACUACCCGCAACAGCAACAGCAACAGCAACAGCAGUCGUCGGCAUUGUCAGUCUCUGAAGCCUCAGAGAGCGACGAGACUCCGAUCCGCCCGGGCACGAUCUCCGCUUUCCUUCGCCAGCAGGGCAUCAAACCCCGCGAGCUCUACUCGAGCUCGUCUCCCUCUGCAAUCAAGCGCGGCUCGCGUCGUGGAUCGAAUGCGUUGUACGAGGAAAAACCCAAGCCAAAGCCGAGCGCGGACUCGAUGGCUGGGUUCGACCGCAAGAGCGCGAAGCUUGUGCCGGACGUCAAUUACGAGUCUGCACAGGAUUUCUUGACUGCGUUGUUUGGCGGCGCAGCUGAUCUCUCUUCGGCUUCUGCUCAGAGCCAGAGUCAGGGUCGACCGUCUACGCCGAUCUCCAGCACGCGCGAGAGACCUUCAGAGGGCGCGUCACCGCUUGCCGAUCAACCGCCGGCGAAGCAGCAAAAGAUGGAGAAGCCGAAAGCAGUUGAAGGAGCACCUACGACCGCGCCGUCGUUUGACGAGCUGAUGCAGAUGAUUUUCGGCGCCGCUGCGGAAUCUGCUGAGCCGUCCGCAACCGAGCCCAAGACGCCGUUCGAGGAAGAGUACCCUGCCGAGCCCGAGACCGCGACUCGACCUCCGUACCACUACACGAUUGCGCAUGCAAAGCCGUCUGUGCCGCCGCCCAAGUUUGAGAUUCCGGCGGAGGCGGCCAAGUCGCCGUUUGCGGUGAUUGAGAUGCAGAUUGCGGCGAUUCGCGGAAAAGUGCUUGAUGCGUCUUCGCGGGUGGAGAAGAUUUCUGCCGAGGAAGACGAGACGGCGAAGAGGCAUAAGCUGCUUGAGAUCCAGUCUGAUUUGGAGAAGUACUACUCUGAUCUGGACGACAUCUUGCUGACCACGCCCGAGUCUGAGAGCGAGGACGAGGAGGUGAAGGCGCGGCGGCAGGAGCUGCGGAAGAUGAAGCACGAGGUGACUACGAUGGCUGUCGAUACCGCGGACAAGAUCGACAAGAUUUUAAGUCCGCCGUCGGACUCUGACGAGGAGGACGAGGAGUUUGAGAUUGUGGAGCGGGAGGAGAGCGCGGAGAUGCCGCGGCCGGGAGAGGAAGUGAUUGAGGGGGAUGAGUACUUUGUGACGGAGAAGGCAGGGAAGGAUGUUAUUCUCGAGCGGGCGGAGGAGGAGAAGGACGAGAGUCUGGACGAGGAGGAGAAGAACGAGGUGAAGGUGCCGCUGAAGGUAGCCGAGGACGAGGACGACACGUCAGUGAUUGUGCAGGCGUCGCAGCCGAUCUCGCGAGACGAGACGGUGGAGGAGGUGUUUGUGCCGGAGGCGGAGAAGGCGUCGGGGAAGGUGUUGCUGGAGAAGAACAGCGGGGAGGAGAAGGAAGAGUUUCUGGACAGCGAGGAGGAGAACGAGGUGAAGGUCCCGCUGGAGGUGGAGGAGCUGAAGAAGGAGGGGAAGAGGAGCGAGAGUCCGAUGCGGCAUGUUGUGCUGGAGGAUGUGCCUGAUGAGGAGUGAUUGUAUAUACUUAUUGAUAGUUAAUGUAAUGUAAUAGCUAAGGCAUCUUCAAUAUGGUUUAAUAGUCGCGUUAUCGGCGCAGCUGGGAGAAGAGCAGCUGGGAGAAGAGCCGCCUCCAAACUCCCAACGCCGCUCCUCCACAACUCCACUUCACCGCUGCUGCUGUUGUUGUUGUUGCUGCUGCUGCUGCUGCUGCUUAUAUACUGCUCGCAGACCAUUGAUCUGUUCUUAUCCUCCUCUACAAGUACA